GCCUCUGAUAGCACGUGACCCAAAAGCAAGAUGGAGCUGGACCUCCUGCUCCUUGUCUCGCGACCUUAACGCGCAGCUGGUCAAGAACCAGUAACAAGCCAAAGUGUGAAUGGAGAUAUACAGUAGAUAAGAAAAUACGAGCAGUGUGUUCAUUCCUGUUAGCUUGUCGUCCGUCUCAUCAUCCGAUCGAUUUGUAUCUUUUCACAUACGGGCUCUGAUCAAGGUUAGACCUGGGGAUCUUCCUACCUCAUCUGCGCAAAACACCGGCAACACGGAGAUCAGGCUGGGUGUGUGUUAGUUAAUGCAUAUCGGUGUUUACACUGAAAUGCAUGCGUGUCCACGUGUCAGAGGUUAUCAGGCUUCGUCACACACCCUUAUCGACUCACACACACACACACACACACACACACUGCGAAAGCCGCUGAACUGCUUUCAGUACUCUGUGAUCUCUUGAACUGCGGCGCUCGGAUUAGAUGUGGAAUACACACCUGAAAUAUCUAACACAAUAAAAUACGGUGGUAACACGGAGCUUACAAAACCAUGGCACCAAGUCCAGUCAUUCAAGCCAUGAUUGAUUUAUCAGCUGGCGCUUGUGGUGGUAUAGCAUGUGUGAUGUGUGGCCAGCCAUUUGAUACCGCCAAGGUCAAGAUGCAGACAUUUCCCCAGAUGUACCGUGGGUUUGUGCACUGCUUUGUGUCCAUCUCAAAGCAGGUGGGGUUGCGUGGUCUGUAUCAUGGCACUACCCCGGCUCUGAUGGCUAACAUUGCUGAGAAUGCGGUCCUCUUCAUGAGCUACGGCUUCUGCCAGAAUGUUGUACGCUUUGUGGUUGGCAUGGACAGAAAAGCAGAGCUCAGUGAUGUUCAGAAGGCUUGCUCUGGCUCUCUGGCCUCCAUCUUCUCCUCAAUGGCUUUGUGUCCCACUGAACUAGUCAAGUGUCGGCUGCAGGCUAUGCAUGAAAUGGAAGCAUCAGGCAAGAUUGCUGGUGGACAGAAAAGCACUGUGUGGUCGGUGGUUAGACAUGUCUUAAAGACAAACGGGCCUCUAGGAUUUUAUCAAGGCCUGUCUACUACUAUAGUUCGUGAGAUUCCUGGCUAUUUCUGCUUCUUUGGAGGCUACGAGUUGAGCCGAUCUGCUUUUGCCCACGUCUUGGACAGGAAAAAAGAGGACAUAGGCAUUGGGCCGCUUAUGUUUAGCGGUGGCUUUGGAGGAGCCCUUCUCUGGUUAGUUGUCUAUCCGAUAGAUUGUGUGAAAUCCCGCAUUCAAGUUCUAUCCCUGGCUGGGAAGCAAGAAGGAUUUAUAAAGACGUUUCUUGGCAUUGUACGCCAUGAAGGAGUCCUGCCUCUGUACUCGGGUCUAACCCCGACUAUGAUCCGGACAUUCCCUGCUAACGGAGCACUCUUUCUGGCCUAUGAACUUAGCCGCAAGUUGAUGAUGAAGCAGUUUGAUGUUUGACACAAGGGUGCUUAAUUCGUUUUAAACCAUCUGUGCUGUUUGCACGUUAGAGUUGCUUUUAUAAUUUAAAAGAUUUUUCCAAAUACUUUUAAUGCUGCCUAAUAUUAUUUUAAAUGUUUUUUGUCUGUAUGAAUACAGUAAUAGUUUUAUGGUUUUGUAUGGGUUUAGUAAUCGUCUGGUCCGUGUCCCUGAGUUUUUUUUAUCUGCCAGGUGAUUUUAAUUUGCCCCCCUGAACUGUGUGUAAACUGGAGGAUGCCCUUUCUUCUCCUUUUUUUUUUAUUUUUUAUAUCCUCUAUUUCUUUACAUGGUAAAGUGAUAUAAGCAAAAUACAUUUUUCAUUAUAUUUUUAUAGUGUUUGACCAUAGUAUAUCUAAAAUCCACAAGUAAAACAUACAGGCCAUAUUUUAUUUUAUUGGAUUUUAAAGUAAUUCACUAACACAUUUCAAUCUUUUCUGUUAAAAUGAAAUACAAUCUUUGCAUACUUGAAUGUUUAGCACACUCACUUACUGUCUAUACCGCUUUAUCAUGUAUUCAGCGGUGUGGGGGGCCUGGAGCCUAUCCCAGGGGACUUAGGGCAUGGGGCGGGGGGUACACCCUGGAUAGGGGGCCAAUCCAUCGCAGGAUGCACACACACACUCAUUCACACAUUACAAGCAGUUUGGGACUGCCAAUUAAUCUGCAUGUCUUUGGAUUGUGGGAGGAAACUGGAGUACCUGGAAGAAACCCACCAAGCACAGGAAGAACAUGCAAACUCCAUGCACACAGAGACGGGAAUCAAACCUGGACCCUGGAGGUGCCAAGCAAUGGUGUUAACCACUACGCCUCUGAUGAUUAGCAUAAUGUGCUGUAAUUAUGUUAGCCAGUUACACUACCUGGUAUACAGCAAGACUUAAACACAAUAAAUAGGGGUAGGUCACACACUAGACUAAUAUUUAUGUAUUAUAGACUUUGUGCAGAAAACUUGUUCAAAACUGUCCUGAGCACUCCAGAAAUUGGACAAAAUUGGAUGUAUAGCGUAAAGGGUUUUGUUUUUUGGUGCAGAAAUUUUCAGCUUGGUGCUUUUUGGCCUCUGGCAGUGUUAAGGAAUCCACCAAGGUGAAUGAACAACAAAACCUUGACAUUCCAGGAUAGUUUGUGUCCAUGAUGAGCAGUGUUGUGGCUCCCAACAUACCCAGCAUCUGCAGGAGCAGCAGACUUCCACAGUAAUCCACCAAUAGCACAAUGGUUCCCAAGAGACCCAGGGCUAUUGUGAAUAUAAACAAUGUGCUAAAUAACUAUUGUAUUUAAGUUUUUUUUUUUUUUUUUCAGUUUCCAGUUUUAAUUGUAUAGAGAAAUAUCAUGCUGGAAAAUUAUAUAUAAAUUAUUUUUAAACACUGUUAAGUUUAAGAUUAGUGGCCAAAUUUGUUACAUUUUAAGAUGAAUUAAAAGAAUUAUUGAUUCA